AUGGAGUCCUUAAUUGGCAAGGGCCGUAAGCCCCGAUUUGAGCUAUAUCUCAAGAUCUACGACCUGAACAAUGUGCCCCUCGUGUCGGGCAGGUCGACCAUCAAAUGGCACCUCGCGCACUCGAUACACGCCGAGCACCGCGGUCGCACGGCAAAAAGCCCGGUCAUCAACCAUCACGUUGACUACGGCUACAGCAAGCACGUGCAAAACAUCCGCAUCUCGGUGGACAAGUCCAACAACCUGACCGACUGCCCUGCCGAAUUCGAGGUGUUGCAGGAGUUCUCGUCCGGCGACAAGCUCACCCUGGGCGUGGUCAAGCUCAACCUGAGCGAGUACGUCACCGAGAGCGAGCUCAUCAUCAACGGCCGCAGAGAUAGCGCUUCCCGCAGAGCAGGAGGCGCAGGAGGCGCGGGAGGCGCGGGAGGAGCGGGAGGAGCGGGAGGAGCAGGCGACAGUCCGGAUGUUAGUCCCACCAGCCGGCACGCCUCGCUGGGUACCAGUGUCGGUGCCGGCGGCGAGCCCCCCGAGGGAAUCGUCCGACGCUAUCUCCUGCAGGACAGCAAGGUGAACAGCACCCUCAAGCUCAGUAUACUCAUGGUCCAGGUGGACGGUGACCGAAAUUUUUCCGCACCGCCUCUCAAGACAGCCACGACGUUCUCAGGCAUAGCCGGCAUCGCUCAAGACUCAGCCGACGUCCACGACCUAUAUCGUCGCGUGUUGGCAGCCUCGUGGUGCCGUCUGCCCACCGAGCUUCCGGCAGAUGAAUGCAUAGAGGACAUCUUCAUGGGAGGAAACGGGUGGAGGACGCAGCGUGACGACGGGAGCGACUCCAGUUCCAGCGGCGACAUGGACGGGCUGGACAGCAACGAAUCCGCCGCAGCCGGAGGCGCAGGAGCCUCCCCCAACACCCCUCGUCCCAGCGACCUCCGCCAUAUGCACGGCCACCACCGUCAUCAUGUCCAGCAGACUACGGGCACCAGCCACAAGGCUCAUCACCGACAGCACAAACGAGGGAGCAGCUCGACCAGCGCCAAGAGCGUGGCCACCGUCACCGGGCGUGCUGGACGUUCCGUUGCUGGCGGCGGCGGUGCCAAGAAUGCAAACCACCAACACCAGCAGCAACAGCAUCAGCAGGUGCACCUUCGCAUGCCACUUCCAGACGAUGAGAGGGACCCACCACACCUCAGACUCAGUCGGAGCACUAGCAUGAUGAGUUUCAGCCAGAGUGACGAUGUGAGUGUCGGGUCUGGAACGACGACGCGGGAGGUUGGCGAGGGUGAGCUCAGGGAUGAUCUUGUGGCGUGGAAGUUGCCGUCUUGA